AUGCCUAUACUCGCUAUAUUUUUCUUACUUGAAUACUGUCUUGGAUUUAAAUAUGUGUUUCUUGGUUUACCAAUUAUUGGAAAGAUAAAAUCAAAACAUACUUCAGCAUUGCUUGAUGAAAGCUUUUUUCCUCAAAGAACGUGGUGUCUUAUUUCUCGUCAGAAACUAGGAGGAAUAGAUGAGACGUGGGGCGAUUGUGUAUUACCGAUCAAUGUAUUGAAAAAUACAGUGUUUUCGUUACUUCGGUUCUGGCUAAUAUUUAUAUUGCUGAUGUCAAUAUGUGGCUUGUUUCAAACGUUGCACAACAUGCUUCCAUUCAGUGCUCGAUCUUUUCUUGGCCAUCAUCUUCGUGCACGCGAUUUAUAUGACAUGAAAGAUAAUGCAAUUGUACAUGAUUUUAUUUGUAAAUGUCCACCAGAUAUUAUACUUAUGCUUCGAUUGUAUGAAGUUGAACUAGGAAAUACAUUGACAGGCCAAGUGAUCGGUCAAAUUUUUGUGACAUUCAAGAAAAACUAUGUUUCUCGAGAAAAUUCUAUUGCAAUAGAAUUACCAUCAUUGAUUAAAUUUCGUUUUGCUUUUAUUUCUUCUUAUCUCAUUAUUCAUUGUUUUUCUUAUUGUAUCUUUUCUUUCUUAAUAGCAAAAUGA